CCGAGGCUUUGUUGUUGUGUCCUAACGGAACAAGAAGCGACGGUGGAGGAGGCCGCGGGCUGGGGAAGGUCAAGUGAAGAAACCGAAGAUUCUGUAUCGUUUUUUGAGAAAACGGCCUAAAUAUUGCUUAACAGAAACUAUGUCGACAGGGACAAUGAAUUUCCCUUCGCCACAAAUCGAUUUAUCUGGCAAGUUGAUAAUUAAAGCACAACUCGGAGAUGAUAUACGAAGAAUUCCGAUCCACAACGAGGACAUCACCUAUGACGAACUGCUGUUGAUGAUGCAACGGCUCUUCCGAGGAAAAAUAAGAAGCACUGAUGACGUGCUGAUCAAAUAUAAGGAUGAAGAUGGAGACUUGAUAACGAUAUUUGAUAGCACUGAUCUUUCAUUUGCAAAGUCGCUCAGCAGAUACUUGAAGAUCACUUUGUUUGUGAAUGAUAAGCCAAAACCAUUAGAACAUGACCAGGUGAAGGAAAUCAAAGCAGAGCUGCUUGUAAUGAGGGAUAAGCUUAAUGAUAUGAUAACCAGAUUGGAUGCAUUCUCUGAGGAACGGACUGUCAACAAGCAAUUUGCAAAUAGAGAAGCAGAAGCCACAAAGGAAGUCUCCCCACCACAAGCCCCUACGAACAACGAUGAAACAUCUCAUAUAGAAAAUGCCAUGGUGCUUAACUCGCUGAAUCAGCAUGUAUACAGAGCCGAUGAGUUACGUCAGCAGCCUCUUAUUGCUGCGCAAGUGGUCCGAGCACAGUCGUCUGAAAAUGUAAACAUGUUGGACGCAGGGCUAGGAGCCAAAAAGAAAGCGUCGGCGACAGCUACCCGGAGAAGGUUAGAAGACUUGACGCAUCAGCUCGGAAUAAAUCCGUUUCGUAAAAGAGACAAUAUAAGCACACAGGAAAAUUUACAGCCACAACUAUCGCUAUUAAAUACGCAACAGAGUGCGGAGAGACACGUGGUUGAAGAAGAUAGUCAGCAGUCUAAAGCUGCAAUGCAAGCGUCGUUCAUGCGCACGGACUUCGAGGGACACGUACCGGUAUUGCAAACUGAACAGCCUAUGAAUAUGACAGAGAGUGCAGAUGCUAGGCCGAUGGGUAAUAUAGACACUGGCAACGCUCCAGGGCCUAGCAGGGACCAGCAAAUCAGUGUGGCAGAUAAUAAGUCGGACAGGAGUACACAGCUCUUUAAACCGGGUGUGAAUGGGAAGGAAGGGAACCAGGCAGCAAGCAAGAGGCAAAGAAAAGCUUGUGGGUUUAAGACCAGGUUUUCUGACUAUACAAAAAAUGUACUGGAACAUGCAUACGAAUUUAACGCAGAGGGUGCGCCUGGUAGAAAGCACUUAGAGCCGGGUAUUGUUAAGAAACUUUCCGAUAAGUGUGGAAUUUCUCAUGAGCAAGUAAAACAGUGGGUACGAAAUCGAAAUAAAAAAGUGAGAAGACGCUGUCAGAUCUCAGAAACGGAACUCGAUUUAAGAGCAGAUGAAGAUAGUAUGGAAGCAACCUAUCAGUUUUCAAGGUUAAGAGAAGAAGGCAUACGACCGUCCUUUACUCUGAACCAAUAACUUUAGAAGCGUUUAUCUAGUCCAUAUUUUGUUACAAGAAAGGCCAGGGUGCUAGCCUCCUGUAUCCUGCGAUUUUCAGCUCUUUUUUUAGGAAAACCCGACCACCAUCCCCAAGCAUUUAUUUGUUCCUCUCGGUACUUGCAGUGAACUGGGCUGUGAAGUUUAUAUUCAACUUUCGAAAUCGAACGGGUUUUAGCGAUUUGGUUGUAAAAAACCUUUGAAUAUUGUCUUAGUGGUUUAAAUUUUACCUGUUUGGUGUCGAAAUUACAAAUAAAUUUUAUUAUUUGCAAAAGUUUAUAAUUUUGUGCAAAAUAGCAAUGUCCCCUUUAUGAGGUAGAGGUAAUUCAUUUGGUGUGAUAAGGAAAAAAAAGGAAAAUAAUAAAGGGAAGUUAUGAUGUUAUGGGUUUGCUGCCUUCCAAAUGUUACUUUACAAAUUUUGAUGCAAUUUAAAAUUAGAACUAUUUUUCAAUAAGACAGUGCAUUUUUCAAAUCUUUUGCUUUCCUAAGAAAGUUCAAGCUUGAUCAAGAGAGUUACUAGAUUCGGGUUGGCUCGUCAGAAGUUAGUCGCCAGUAUAUAGGACUUCUUCCUAGGAGAUAGAAUGCCUAAAUAUUACCAUAAAACCAUCAUCAUUUCUUUUUUGUCCGCCUUGCUGUCUCGUAAUGAACUUUUUUAUUUCUUUUUUUGUAAAAUUUCUUUUUUUGUAAAACAUAUGUGAUGUGCCUUGAUUCGUUGCUAGCUUUGUUUGUAUUUUUGUCCUCCGGGCAAUGUGAUUUUGUCAAGAGAUAUUUUAGCGAUAGAUUUUAUUUAGCAGAAAAAUUAUCUUCUAUGUUUUUUCUUUGUAAAUACUUACAUAUGUUAUGCUUUGUAUAUUUUGAAGCGAGUAUGACGUAUGUAUAUUAGAAGCUAUUUCUCUUAAGGGGAAUUCGGUAACACAGAAAUGUACAUUUCUUAGUUAUUAUUA